AUGGCAUCGCUCAAGGGUCUGUUUAUGGCUGUGUAUGCCUCGAAUGGCAUCAUAAGGACGCUCUUCCUGCCAUCAUGGUACAUCCUGUUGCUCAGCCCUUUCACAGCAGCGCUGGCUUACUACUACGGACUCGGCCAAACAUUACAAAACCUCGUAGGCGAAGACUUCUCUUGGUUCGACGUCCUGCCGCAAUUUGCAAUCUCUGCCGUGUUUCUACUUCUCCCAACAAGAUUGCUCUCUGGCUCUGGAGGUGCAAGCAAGAGCAAGGAUGGCGGAAAGAGCAGGGUACAAUCGCUGCCAUACUGGAUUCCGGGACUUCGACACUUUGGGAGCAUCGUCUCAGGUGGAGAAGAGUGGUUGAGGGGAAUCAGGAACUCGUCAACCAGCAGCAUCAUCUCGUACAGGGCAGCUGGUGCAAAGCACAACGUUGUGCUCUCGGAAUCUGCGCUGAGCCAAAUCUACAGGCAAUGGAAUGACCUACACGAGCACAAAUCCUCCAGAUGGGCUGUACUCCGCAACGUGUUUGGUAUGCCGAGGAACUUCGAAAUCGAAUAUUUUGCGGUCCAGCCCAAGAUCCAGGAUGCCAUUGACACUGAGAUCUUCAAGUCCGAGUCGAUGGAAGCUCUGAUCUCAGUAUCCCACAAGGUCCUCUCAGACACUCUGCCGGAUCUGGUCACAUUCAAUUCGUCGAUUGUUGAUCAGAUGCAAUGGGAACGAGUGGCCACUAUGGAGCUGACGGACGGGACUGCAGAAGCGGAAUUCGAUUUCUUUACCUUGAUCAAUGACUUUUGCUGCAAUGCCAUAAUUGGCCCUAUUGCUGGCGCACAGUUUCCUGAAUCGUAUCAACUGCUGGCUUCUGAUCUAGCGGAUGUCAACAGGCACUACUACGCACUGUCGCUUGGUUUGCCACGAUUGUCGCCAAUCCAAGGCCUACCGACAGCAGCAUUAGCUAAGAUCAGGCUUCUUCAUAACUUCACGAAACUGUUCCAGGAGCUCACAGUACCGAAAGUCAGACGGGUUCCAGACGACGAUGAAAGCUUGAGUGGAGAAGAGACAGAUGCUGACACAUCGACUCCACUUGCAACACUGAAUGAGCUGUUCACGAAGCACGACGUGCCUAUCUCGGCGCGAGCAUCUAUCGCCCUUGACCUGGUACACGGCAUCGUCGCUGAAGUUGUCCCACUCGUCUUUUGGACGCUUCUCCAUGUGUACUCCUCUUUGGCCUGGCCACUAGUGCAGAGCGAACAGGAAACACCAUUCGCAAAGAUCAAAGCAGAGACCAAGUCAUGGGCACAAGCUAUCCAGCCUCCAUCGGUUCACCCUUUGUUUCCCGCCCCACCAGAGAUCUCAUUCACCUCCACCACUCAAACGAUCACUCCAACCUCCUUCCCAUACCUGCGCUCUUGCAUCAACGAAGCUCGACGCCUCUAUAGCUCCUCAGCUACCAUGUGCACAAUCACAAAGCCCACGACUCUAGACGAGAAAAGUCUGCGCCCUGGGGUCCAGGAUCAGUGGGAGCUAGACGCGGGCUCCUAUCUUGACGUCGGUCUGUCAAAAAGUCUGAUCAAUACCUCACCUGCAAACUAUCCCUCGCCUGAAACAUUCAAACCAGACCGCUUCGUCAAGUCUGCAGCACCCUCGUCCAUCGUAUCCCCGGUCGACGCUUCAGAGCCGUACAAGACCGCACUGCUAGUCUCCAUCUUAGCCGGCAUCAUCCAGCUGUGGGAGAUCAGCCCCGCACCGAAGAAGACAUUCGUGGAGAAGAUGAUUGAAAUCCGUGAUGAAGUGCAUGCAGGCGCUGCGUCUCUCGAUGAUGACGGGAAGGCCACCAAGAGCAACGGCAGGGCGGUGCAGGGCGGGCAAGAGAAGAAGACGGGUGUCUGGGUUCUGCCCAAAGCGCUCGAUGCUGCGAGUAUCAAGGUCCCGAAGAGCAACGUCAGGGUCAGGAUUAGGAGGAGGGAGAACCUUCCACCGCCGAAAUCGCCAAGGAAGAGAUAG